CGAUUCACCAUCUCAGUAUUGGUGCCUCGUGGGAGCAGCAUCUCCUCGACCGGGCCUUCUGGGCCUUUCCGUCGCUUUUUUUCUUCCCUGUUUUAUCUGAGAAUUGUCACCUUGCCAUGCCUUCCUGAAUUUUAUUUUUCUCUGGUUCUGAGCCAAGGAGCUUCUCGUUUGAUCCAUCGAGACACAAAGCGCACCCGAACCGAAAAUUCUUCAUUUUCCACCAUCCCUGUCCACAACACCCACCCAGCAGACAAUGUCGUCCGUGUCGUCGGAGAUCAUGGAUGCCUACUGGGCGGCGCCGCCAUUGGCACGAACAUUGACGACGGCAAUCGUUGUCACAUCGAUUUCAGUGCAUCUAGGCCUGCUGUCGCCCGUGUGGAUUUACUUCACUGAGGAUAGGCUCUUCCGGCUGCCGCCUGAGAUAUGGCGCCUGGCCACGAACUUCUUCCUCAGCGGGCCGCAGAUCGGCAUCAUCAUGGACCCCUACUUCGCCUAUCAGUACCUGAAGCAGCUGGAGACGUCGAAUCCGAAAUUUCCCCGCAAGGAGGACGUCCUCUGGUACCUCAUCACUGUUGGCGGGCUCAUUAUCCUCAUCAACCGGGCUUUCCUCGGCGGCGCCUUCUUCCUCCAGGGAUUGCUCAUAGCGAUGGUCUACACGGCCACGCAGGACCAGCGCGGUGUCAAGACGGGCUUCUUCUUUUUCACCGUCCCGGCGCAGGCGCUGCCGUACUGCAUGAUCGGAGCGUCGAUGCUCAUGAACCCGGGAAUCAUUCCGCUGCAGAUCAGCGGCAUCGUAGCGGCGCAUCUGCACGAUUUCGUGACGCGCCUGUGGCCUGAGUUUGGAGGCGGUUGGAACCUGCUGCCCACCCCGGCGUUUGUUUCAUGGCUUGUCCAGACUCCCGCCGUCUUGCGCCGCCCAUACGGCUCGGCCAUCCGCCAGCCCAGCGGCCCGACGACGGACAGCAGCACGGGGGCGUCGGCUGGCUCUGUGCUUCCCGAUUCCUGGAGGACGAGGGGUGCCGGCCGUCGAUUGGGCGGCAACUGAUAGGGCCGUGAGAGAAUGUACAACAAGUUUGCAGUUCAAUAUGAUCCGCAUUCCUUGAUUGCG